AUGCCUCAAUUGUGGUUGUUACUUGGUUGGGCGUGUUUAUGCACGAAACUUGUGAGAGCAGAGGACAUUGUCUAUGUGACCGAUCUUUCUAUUUUCACUGUGUUGGCACCAUGUGCAGCCACUGCUAUCUCCGAGAAUGUCCAGGCGAAAACGAAUGACAACUGCCCCGAAGCAGUCACUGAUCUUCAAUCAUGUGUCUGCACGAAAGACAACAACUUUGCUUCGAUAUCAUCGGGAAUCUCAAAGUCGAUUAGCUGGGGCUGUGGCUCAACGGCAUCAGAGGACCAGACGAGUGCGGCCAGCGUUUUCUCCGCUUAUUGCAACCAGGCCUCGAUCACGCCGUUUCCAACUCCUACAAAUCCGGUCACCCAAUAUAUUACAGAUUUUCCAGCGUGGCGGGAACUCGCUCCUUGUGCCGCCUCGGGUCUAUCCUAUAUCGUACAGAGCUUAACAUAUGAGCUGUGCAAUGCGGAAGCGAGCCUUCUCGCUACCUGUGCAUGUGAUAAGAAUCAAAAUUCCCUUCGUGUAAGCCAGAGUAUUAACACCUCUGUGAAAUACUCAUGCUCAUCGCACACGGCCGAUAUCGACUCGGCCCAGGCGGUGUUUGCAGGCUAUUGUGGGCUAGUACAUGGGACGUCAUCUUUUCCAACGACUUCGAACCCCCCAGGUGACAUGACAUACUAUAUCACUGCACUCCCCGAGUUUAGCUCACUGGCCUCUUGCGCACAGGAUGCAGUGUCAACUGCAGUUAUGAGUCAAACCUACGACUUCUGCCCCUCUGGCCCAGAAGCUUUGGCUUCGUGCGUCUGUAUCAAGAGUACCAUGUCUGGCCAUGUUAGUAAUCAGGUAGGCUCGGACGUCACAUAUCAUUGUGAUUCAACAGCGACCGAGGACCUCAGCUCCGCCAGACGAGUUUUCGAUAUGUACUGUAGUGCUGCCAAGGGGCUGACGACUCUUGCUGGAAUCACUGAAUCCGUGCAACAAACGAGCGCUUAUGCGACUAGCGGGACGUCUGGACCAAAGGAAACAAGUGUUACAAGUGGCGUUACGAGUGCUGAAGGACCUGUGGAAUCUGAGGGAUCAACUACGAAUUCAGCCAGUAAAUCAAACGUUGGUACAAUUGUAGGAGCCGCAGUCGGUGCUGUGGCUGGGUCGGCAAUGUUAGGCUUGAUAGCCUUCUUUUUCUGGAGGAGGUCGAGACUUAAUCGAGGCUACGACAAAGCAGUGCCGCUUGAUUCCGCUGAAGGAUUUGCUGGAAAACCCGAGCUUGAUGGUGCUGUACUCGCAUCUGCAUCCGCGAUAAGCCCGGGCUUCAGUACGUCGGGCGGUCAGGCCGCAUCCAUGGUUGACAAUGUGUCUCCGGUAUCAGCACCAAGCUCCCCCUACAAGCCAGAGCUUCAAGGCCAUAAUCCCCCGCAAUACUCGCAUAUACCUGAAUUGCAUGACCAGAACCAAAACACAUAUAGCAUACACGAGGCACAAGGUCAGCCUAGGUCGGAGCUUCCGGGAAUGGGGUGGCAAUCAGGACCGGUGGCAGAAUUCCACGAAUUGGAUAGCAAUUAUCGAAAGUGA